CAAACAAAAAGAUUCUCCUAAUUCGCUAUAAUAUUUCAACAAACAAGUUCCCCAUGGAAAAAACUGUCAGCAUAUGCACCAUAGGGCUUAUGGUAUACCCCAAAGAUGAAGCCACGAAGUCCCAAAACGAAAAACAGCAAAGGACCGCGAGAGACAAGGCAUAAAAAUAAAUGAAUAACAUAAAAAUAAAUCAUACGCCCCAUCGGCCACCCAGUAAAAAGUAAGCCAAUACCGUAACCAUUACCCUCGCUUCAAAAUCACACCCCCACCCUAAACCCACAACCCAAAACCGAAACCCAAGCCCAAAACCCAAUGGAUGUCCUCCGCCCAUUUUCAUGGCGCUAAUAAAUGCUUAUCGAAGACGCAUAAAGCGAGUAAAUUCGCAGCCAUUAAACGGGCAUAAAACUAACCGAAGCCGGGACCAAAGCAAAAUUGUGGGGCCGACAAAUCAAAGUACAAGCCUCAGGACCAACCUCAUACUCCUAUUUUCUUGCCAUGAAAUAAAACCAGGCAACAAUGAAACCCAAAGCGUCUCCCAAGCGAUUUCGAUGCGGGCAUUCAUCGGUCGAGCCAAGGAAUUGGCCACCCACAAGUAGCAACACCCAAAGCCCAAUCCCCCAGUGAACCUUCCACCCUCGGCACCUCCAGCACCACCCCAUUUAAAGGGCCUUCCUGCGAGGCAACACUCGCUAUAUAACCAUCUUACCCAACGUUGACAGCAUACAAAGUAACUUAAAUCGAAACAAUAAAGCGGCAACUUUGUUCCCAGAAAAAAUGCAAAAGAAAGCAAAAUGAACAGUGAAAAAACGUAGAAGAAAGCUCGAAAGGAAACCAGUAGAUGUGUGGAAAUGAGAAACGAGCGAAGUAGGUUAUAC